CACCCACGCUCCUGUUCUUCACUGUGAAAAGUAAGCUCUGGAUUUUCUCCAAUGGCGAAAGUUCCUGUGCUCUGUUUGUUUUUCGCUCUCUCCCUUUCGUUUGCUGUAGCUGAAGUAGAGAAUGUUUUGUCUUUAAAUGCAGACCCUCCUAUUGUAAAUGGGCUUUCAUGGACGUUUUAUAAGAGCUCUUGCCCCAAACUGGAAUCCAUUGUCGAGGAAAGAAUCAAGUUUUAUCUUAAGAAAGAUGUUACUCAGGCCGCUGGUUUACUGCGUCUUCACUUUCAUGACUGUUUUGUUCAGGGCUGUGAUGCUUCUGUUCUGCUGGAUGGAUCAGCAAGUGGGCCAAGUGAACAAAACGCUCCUCCAAAUUUAACCCUGCGGCAAAAAGCAUUUGAAAUAAUAAACGACAUUAAAGAGCGUGUGGACAAGGCCUGUGGUGUCAUCGUUUCCUGCGCAGAUAUCACUGCUAUGGCAGCUCGCUAUUCCGUCUCAGAGACUGGAGGACCAAAGUACAAAGUGCCACUAGGACGGAGGGACAGCUUGAAGUUUGCCACUAGAGCUGCGACACUUGCAAACCUUCCAGCCCCAACUUCCAAUGCCUCUGCCCUCAUUAAUGCUCUUGCUGCCAAAGGCCUUGAUGCUACUGACCUUGUGGCUCUUUCAGGUGGGCACACCAUAGGAAUUGGACACUGUACAUCAUUUACAGAAAGAUUAUACCCCACACAAGAUGCCACUCUCAAUAAGAGCUUUGCUAAGAACUUGAAGGUCACUUGUCCAACCACAAAUACCACCAACACCACUGUAUUAGACAUCCGCUCGCCCAAUGUAUUCGACAACAAGUAUUACCUGGACCUCAUGAAUCGACAAGGCCUCUUCACAUCUGAUCAAGAUCUUUACACAGAUAAACGCACCAAACAAAUUGUCAAAGACUUUGCUCUAGAUCAAGAUCUCUUCUUUCAGAAAUUUGCUCUUGCCAUGGCAAAAAUGAGUCAACUAAGCGUACUGACAGGCACCACGGGGGAGAUUAGAACCAACUGUUCUGCCCCCAAUCCAACUUCUUCCAUUGCCACUUUAGUGGAAGAUUUUGUUGAUUCCGUAAAUCUCAUUUGAGAGCUAUGCUUAAUCGUCACCCACUUUAGGAUCUUUCUUUGAAGAAUAAGAUUUUGUUCUAAUGUUGUAGAUAUAAUGUUAAUUAGUCUAUGAGAAAAGUUGUUUUAAUAAUAUCAUAUGUAACUCUAAACUAAAAUAAAAUAAUCUCACUUGUUAUGAAUUUAAAGAUAAA